GCAGCUGCCAGCGGUGUUCGAACGGCUGCGCAGCUGCUCAGGGCGUCGACCGGACGGCUGCAGAGUCAUCGGCAGCGGGCGGUUCAGUGAUCGCGCCUCCGCGGAGUGACCGCAGAUUGCGGAGCUGAAAGGUGCCUGGUCGGACAGGUGUACUGUCAACAGUGCUGAAGAGACGGACACCUAUUGCCAGCAUUAUUGAAUGGACGACUGUAUAGCUGCGGACAGGUGCACGCUGUGAGGCUGUCAACAGAAUCGGAUGCUCGGCUGUGACGCUGUCGUCAGUGCCGACUGCCUUAUUCUGCGGCUGUCAACAGCCUUUGACACAGGCAACCCAUCAAGUGGCGGCUAACAGCACCGCUGGGUGGACCUCGCGACAGGUGACAGCGAGCACCACCCGUGGCGGUUGGCGCUGCCGGGCCGCCGACUGCUCGCACCCACCCCUGCUCUCCUGGCGUGCUUCGACACCACGGCGAAGCACGGAGGCGAAGCUGCAGCCCGCGGCAGGCGCCGUCCCACCCUGGCCUAACUGAGCUGGCCUGGCCUGACCCGAUCUGAGCCGACCCAACCCAGUCUGACCCAGUCUGACCCGAUCUGACCUGACCUGACCUGACUUGACUCACCCUGGCCUGACCUGAUCGGACCUGGCCCGACUUAACUUAACCUGACCUGAACUGACUCGCUCUAGACUGACCUGACCUAACCUGACCUGACCUGGUCUGACGUGACCUGGCCUGACCAGCCCCGCCGGCACCAUGUCGGCUGCGGUGCUGCUGCUGCUGGCCGUCGCCGAGCUGGGCGUCACGCCGUCUCCGGCGGAGGCUCUCAUCCGACCGCGCUACGACCUGGCGCGCGGCAACUGGUGGAAGAAGCCGGCACCGCCGGCCCGGCUCGGCGUGUUCGACGUGCCGCGGCCGGCCGCCGACGCCGGCCCGCUGCCGGCCUACAGCUUCGUCACCAACAGCGUCGGCCCCAAGCCGCCGCCCGGCUACCACUUCUCGGCCGGCCCGAAGCCGGCCCGUUUCCCGCCGCAGUCCGCGGCCACGGCGGCGCCGGCGCCGGUGCCGGUGCCGGCAGCGGCGCCGGCGCCCCACGUGCGGCAGUACGUCUGGCGAAGGCCUGAUGAGGCGGGAAAGGGAGCCGGUGAGCCGGAGGAGCCCAGCUACCCGCCGAGCGACCGGCGUGCGUGUGGCCCGUCCUGCCCCGAGUACAGAGUGCUGUCGCGCACCUCCCGGCACGAGGUGCGCCUGUACCCGGCCACGGUUUGGGUCAGCUACGUCACCACCACCGAGAACCGGCUGCUGGCCGAGAUGGAGGCGCGCGCCGGCCUCGGCGACUACCUCUCCGGCAGGAACAGUCUCGGCGUACAUCUGCUGCAGACGUAUCCUCAGCUGACCCAGCUGCGGUUCUCUCCCGUGCAUGGCAUCACGUCGCAGGAGGAGAGCGACUUCAGUGUGUCGCUGCCGCUGCUGGGGGGCGCCGCGCCUCCCAGACCGGACACGGACCAGGUGGUGCUAGACGCCGUGGGCGAGCAACGCGUAUUCGUGACGUCCUUUUGGGCGCGGCCCUGGAAGCUCACCGACCGGUCACUGCGCAUGCGCACCAAGCGCUUUAGUCGGCGACUGCGACGGCAUGGUGAAACCUAUCUGGACUCGUACUUCUACCUGGCCAAAUAUAAGGACUCGGACUUCCGCCAGCGAUCGUACUACGAGAUCUGGCUGUACAGCACGCCCCACAAGAGCACCCACCGGUUCCGGCCCAUGGGCAAGCCCCUGCUGGGCCAGCGCACCAACGUCACCACCGCCACCAUGCGACGGCUCUGCCGAGGCAGGGAGUGUCCCCGGUUCGAGGUGCUGUCCGAAUUUAAGGGCGGCAUCCAGAAGCGGCACUACUACAAUGCCGCGUUCGCCACCGCCAAGCUGGACCACUGCGAGUCGAGUCUGGAUUCUGUCUGGCGGAGUCUGAUGCCCCUUCACCUCUAUCGACAGGGCGUCAACUCGCACCUGGAGAAGAUCGAGGCGACGCGGCCAGCGGGUGUGCUGCGCGUCUGGGAGACGGACGGCGGCUCGAACGUCAGCUGCCACAUGACGGCCAUGGUGUACCUGCCGCGCCGCCUGCACCGCAGCCCGCCAAACACCGGUCAGCACGCUCCGGCCAUCGGACUCAGCUACAUCCACGAGCUGACCGUGUACGUGCAGACGGCCGGCGGCCGUGACCUGGCGCCGGGCCGGCUGGCUGACCACGUGACUGCCUUCCAUGGCCGGCUGGACCGGCUCGGCCUCUGCUACCGCCGCGGCGAGUACUUUGUGGCCGUGUACGACGCCGCGCAGCGCUACCACGGCCGUUUGAACGAGAUCUGGACGGUGGCGCAGCGCUGCGGCAGCGACUGAGUGCCGCCUAGCGGCCCGACUAGCGGGAGACGCCCCGGCCGAGGGCGACCUCAUCUGCGGCCGCGCCCCGCUGGGGAGGACUACCGGCCUGACGGGCGGAGGACGCCGGGGGCCACUUCACCUGCGGUCGCGCCCCGCUGGGGAGGACUACCGGCCCGACGAGCGGAGGACGCCCCGGCCGGUGUCGACCCCACCUGCAGCCGCGCCCCGAUGAGGAGGACCGCUGGCCUGACGAGCCGCGCGGCCAGCGGUGGACGGUGAACAGGGCCCGGUGGCGCCCGGAGGUACGCCCCGACGCCGUGGACAGUGCCGAGGCGCGUGGGCGAGGCACGCCCCCGCCGACUGGCGAGAGGCGGCGGUUGUGGCGCGCGCUUGAGCGGCCGUGUGCGCGGUGCGCCGCUGUGCUGACUGUGCAUUGCGCAGCUGUGACGAGGCUGUUCCAUGGUGGACAUGGGAAUAUGUCGGCCAUGACGCUGUCCGCGUCAGUCUGCUCUGUGAAUAUCGCAGACGGAGGGCUCGCUGACGUCGCGACGGCCGUGCCCCGCGGGAUCGGCUCCUCGUGACCGGUUGCGAGCGGACAGAGGGGCAAAUGGAAGAUACGCGCCGCUCUAAACAGCGGGAAUACAGCCCUAACC